AUGGAGCUGUGGAAAUAUGACACUUUGCCAUUAAGGAAGGUGUGGUGCUCUAUAAAAAGAGUCUGGCAAUCAACCCUAUAUUCUAAUGUUCUAGGACCACCAAGCUUUUUCUUGAACAAAGAGACCCAUAUUUGGUUUCAGAUUGCAGCUGUAUUGCUUUUUGGAGGUUGGAUGCUGCUAGCAUUUGGAACAGUUCUUACCUUGUCUUGGAUUUUUAUAUCCUAGGGACUUUGCCAGAGGAGGGUUAUCUGCAAAACAUCUGCAAACAGCUGCAGCUACUUUCUGAAGCAGGAUCUUCACCCAGUGGUUUCCAACUGCCUGUUAUCUGAUGUUGGAAGCUCUGUCAUUUUUUGCACUGGUAUAAUUGCAGGCUUGCUUGUUUUUUACCCCCCGCCAGUGAUUGGCACAAUCUUGGGACUGCUGAUUUUUCCAUGUAGUUUGGAUUCUGCAUUCGCUAAUGAAAUUGGUGGUUCCUCCUCCACGUACAAUGCUGGGAAAUAUAAGCUUGGCUGGGACUACAUGGUGGCUAUCCUGGAUGUCAUACUACCAUGUUAACUGCCAGUCAUCAGCAGAUACAAUUUAAAUGAGGCCAAGUCCAAGAUCUUUUUCUCUACUGCUACAGAAAGUAUAAUUCUAGUCAGAGAAGAUGAACAAUAAAAUCCUUCAGUAAAACUAGUGUUUUAUGAUUGACUGCUCCAUGGUUUUGUACAGAUAAACAAAACCAAGGCAUAGCCUUUUCUUAUCCAACAUGCACCAGGCCGCCAGGAACCCUCACCUUAAUGCUAGCAGAAUGGUGGGCCAAAUCCUCAGCUGGUGUAAAUCUGCAUAAUUCCAUUGAAGUCAAUGAGCUACACAGCCAGUAGCUGAGAGCCUGACCCAUCGUUCCCAUCGCAGCUGGUAAACUUUGUCUCCUCUUCACCCAAAGCAGCUUUGUUUCAUUCUCUACAAUGAGCAGUUUCCAUUGUCUGUGCUGAAAAGGAAGGAAUGGGCAAGAGGAAGCUCAGGGGUGACAGCACUGGGAGUCCUGGCAGGCAGACCCAUA